UCCAUUCUAUUCUGCCAUUUUGGAGGCAUAAGGUCAAUCGUCCACCUACACUGCAAGGAUGACAGCUGAAAUAAAUAAAGGACCCCUACUGGGAAUGCGACACGUUCAAACCCUGUUGAUUUUCUUCAACAUCACGAUUUUGUACAUCGGUCGACUGAAUGUGGGCGUAUCCGUGGUGGCGAUGACGAAUGCCGACUCUACUAAUCCGCAUUUUCCAGAAUACGAUUGGAGUUUGACCCAGAGGUCGUUCAUAAUAUCCAGCUUCUUUUGGGGAUACAUCAUCACCCAGUUCCUGGGAGGAUAUCUGUGCAAGCGUUAUGGAGUCAAGAGUGUCCUGUUCUGCGGCUCCUUUGCAUCAGGUGUCUUCAGCGCCUUGACCCCGCUCUUCAUCAGCUUUGGCGGAUGGCAAGCUUACUGCGGUAUUCGGGUCCUGAUGGGCUGUGCCCAGGGCCUGAUCUUUCCCUGCAUCUAUCAGCACUUGGCCAGAUGGUCACCGCCCGCGGAGAGGAAUCGCCUGGGAGCCCUCAGUCACACAGGCAUCGAGUGUGGCAAUGUGAGUGCCAUGUUCCUUAGCGGAAUGAUAGCCAAAAGUGCCAUUGGCUGGCCAGGAAUAUCGUACGUCUCCGCGGGAUUGGCCUUCGCCUGGUGUGCCUUUUGGUUCAUCUUCGCUGCCAACAAUGCAUUGGAAUCUCGUUACAUAGGCGAGGCAGAGCUUCACUAUAUCGAAUCGUCCCUGGAGCACAGUGAGGACUAUCACAAGACCCUCAUUCCCGUUCCUUGGAUGGCGAUUUUCACCUCGACACCAUUCCUUGCUCUUAUAGUAACGCGUUGCUGCGAGACCUGGGGUCUGAGUACCCUGCAGGCUCAGAUCCCAACCUAUAUGAACGGCGUUCUGGGCAUGGACAUGAAAAGCAAUGCAUUCUUUUCGGCGUUACCAUUUUUGGCCAUGUGGAUUAUGUCGUAUGUGUACCUGAUAACGUCUGAUUUUCUGCUUGCCGGAAACAGACUUAGCUUGACGGCCCUCAGAAAGACCUUCAACUCGUUGGCCUUCUGGAUUCCUUGUGCGACUUUGAUUGGAAUCGGAUUUCUGGAUAUGGACCAGAAGAACCUGGCCAUUGCUUUGAUGACCAUAAGUGUUGGUGUCAACAGUGGAGCAACAAUUGGUUCCUCCUUGAAUACCAUAGAUUUAUCUCCAAAUCAUGCGAGUAUUCUUAUGGGAAUAGUGAACACGGCUGCAAAUGUAGUGCCCAUAGUUACCCCUCUAAUAGUUGCCUGGAUUGUUCAGGAAGACGAUAACCGUGCUGAGUGGCAGAUAGUGUUUAUAAUCGCGGCAGUCAUUUUCUUCAUCGGAAACUGCGUGUUCUUGUGUUUUGGAACGGCUGUUUCCCAGCCAUGGGAUGCUGAAGACUACCUCGCAGUUAAGGAACCAGAACAUAAUAUAACUCCAGCUUUCACGGAUAGCUGGUAA